CCUGUUUCUGUGGCAGGCAGUAAUCCCCGGUUUCCAUCCUCUAGUCAGCUUCUUCCCAGCCAGCCAUAAGCGAACAGCCUCACAAGCAGCGGAUGAAACAGGAAGUCUGACAGCUUGAGUCUGCAGUGGGACCCCUAGUGUUUUCCCACUCCAUGUCCUGGCAUCGUUCCCCAGAAGUACAAACACACACACACACAGAGCUCCCAUUGUUGCAGCCUUCCUCAGCCCACUGAUCCUAAUAUGGAAUGCAGCAGGAAACCCAUGAUUUCCUGACACUCGGCAAGCUGGAGGAAGCAAGGGGAAAAAACUCCAUUAAAAAGCCCAGCUUUCCUCCAUGUUAGAUGUGACUUGGAAAAUGAGAAAGAUUUAGCAAAAUUCCACCGUGUCUUUUGCCAGGCUGGAGACAGGGAGAGCAGAGUAAAACCCUCAGGCUGCUGAAAUUUCUAGGCUGUGAGGAAGCCCCUCAAAUUCUGUGAAAAUAAGGGUUUCUUAACUCACACUGAGAACGGAAAGGGGCAGACCCUUUUCAUAACUCCCCCAAGUGUGUGUUACCUUUCUUUACCAGCAUGGUAAGCAACAGGGCAUAUCCCAGCCUCGGACAUGUCUGUAUGAUCCAAGGUACCCAAAGUCAGACAGAGUAAAUUCAAGCCUGGCACUGGCUUUCCGCCGCUUCAUGUGCUUUGGAAGAAGCAGGAGAAGCAACAGCAGCAGGAGUCCCCAGCAGCUGGAGCCGCAAGAAUGAACUGCAAAGAGGGAACUGACGGCAGCUGCGGCUGCAGGGGCAACGACGAGAAGAAGAUGUUGAAGUGUGUAGUGGUGGGGGACGGUGCCGUGGGGAAAACCUGCCUGCUGAUGAGCUACGCCAACGAUGCCUUCCCAGAGGAAUACGUGCCCACUGUGUUUGACCACUAUGCAGUGACUGUGACCGUGGGAGGCAAGCAACACUUGCUCGGACUGUAUGACACCGCGGGACAGGAGGACUACAACCAGCUGAGGCCACUCUCCUACCCCAACACGGAUGUGUUUUUGAUCUGCUUCUCUGUUGUAAACCCUGCCUCUUACCACAACGUCCAGGAGGAAUGGGUCCCCGAGCUCAAGGACUGCAUGCCUCAUGUGCCUUAUGUCCUCAUAGGGACCCAGAUUGAUCUCCGUGAUGACCCAAAAACCUUGGCCCGCUUGUUGUAUAUGAAAGAGAAACCUCUCACUUACGAGCAUGGUGUGAAGCUUGCAAAAGCGAUCGGAGCGCAGUGCUACUUGGAAUGCUCUGCUCUGACUCAGAAAGGUCUCAAAGCGGUUUUUGAUGAAGCAAUCCUCACCAUUUUCCACCCCAAGAAAAAGAAGAAACGCUGUUCUGAAGGUCACAGCUGCUGCUCAAUUAUCUGAGGUUGUCCGGGACCUGCCUCCACCCCACCCAGGCAUGAGAAUGGCAGCCAAUGUCUGCGGCCAAGCUCCAGCCAAAAAGGAGGGCACGACCAGAAAGGAAUUCCCUUUGCACGGAGGCUUGCCCCUCCACCCUGUGAGCCCUCCCAACACAGCACACUAGUCAGCCCACUGCCACAACCUCCCUGCCAGCCAGAAGCGUCCGUACUGCACACUCUCUGAGAAUGCUGGGCCUGGAUUGCAGACAGUGCCGCUGCUGAUCAGAUCAAAAACAAAGUCAAAGGCCAUCUUCCAUUUUACAAAUCCCCAGCUCAUGAACGCGAAGCUGAUAGGAAAUCACCCCAGGGAACCCGAAAAAGAAAGUUGGUUCCUCUCUUGGUGGCCUUACUUGAUGUUUUACAAAACUUGGGACUACAAUACUAACCUUUUUUUCUGAAUCUGCUGUUCUACCCAUGCGUCUCACAUUCAUUUGUAUUAUUUCAAGAAAUGUACUAAUUUCCAGUUUACUCAGGCCUUACAAAUCCAUACCAAAUUAGCCUAAAGACAAGGCAUUUUAUAUUCAUUUCUAUUUUCAGCAUGUUUCUACCAAAGCUAUUAGAAUCAACACGUACCUCUGAAUGCCUGAUUAUAAGAAGACACGAGAAGACUUAAAAGUUUUAGAAAUUUCCAGAGCCAUGAUUUUUGAACCUGAUUGAAGGAAAACCAUCUGAAUUGUUGCAGGUCCACAUUUUUGCCAAAGAUGCACUCUACAAAUGCUUAGUAGUGGCCUGAUUUUUUUUCCAUAUUAUAUUGCCAUGACAAACUAAAAAUGAACUGUGUUUAAGAAUGUAGUAUUUCUGUUUUUCAUCCAAGUUGAUUGGGGGAAGAAUAUGGCAGGAUCCAUCUUUUACAGUAUUGUGUAUUCAGUAAAGUGGACGUUCCUGCUCUUCCCUUUCCCCAUUGCAUGCCCUCUUCCUCCCUUGAUUUCACUUUCUCUCAUGCCCAGAUCCUUUUUUCUCCCCAGUUAUAACCCAGUUAUAAAAGAAAGAUCUGAGCAUAAAAAUACAUGUUUAAAAAUACAAAGGUAAAGGAAAGUGUCUUAAUUUUUC